AAACCGGCUAAGCGAAGAAAAGUCAAGUCUUCUCAUCCAACUUCAGAACAAGCAGUACACGUCGAAGCCUUCAAGUCACGCUGGAACCAAAUGAUAUGGCACUGGCAACUUCCGUUCAGGACUUGAACAAUACAAUGCCGUUUGCCGGGUCGACAGCUACAGCGGUGUCAGACGGCGGCACUUGCUCGGGACCGGCAUUAUUGGGCAGGGCCUGAGACGACCCUUAGCUUCGAGUUCCAGCAGAUUUGCAAUUGGUUGUUAUUCGGUUCGGACGACAGGCGGGAACUUACCUCGUGGUAUCCGUCACGGAAGCUUUUUAUACCCAAGAAUAUACACUUUGAUGUGCGCCCUUCCGGCUCUUAAAAGGCCACCAAAAUAGCAGAACUCAGCUAGGUUUCUCCCUCUCCCUCAAUCAUGGAACAAAACGUGCAGCCUCCAUCGUUACAGCAGAAGCCGCUACCAGCUCCACUCAUCUUGAAUGACUAUCCUGAUGUUCCAAACGUUGCUUCUUCUCCGACUUUUAGUGGGCAGUCCUCAUCGCAUAUAGGUGACAUUCUACCUCCUGCGCAUACCCACCGGACGCUGGUACUGUGUUUUGAUGGAACCGGUGACCAAUUUGAUUCAGAUAACUCUAACAUCGUCCAACUAUUCAGCAUGCUCGUCAAGGAUGAUCCCACUCAACAGCUGGUAUACUAUCAGGCCGGCAUAGGAACAUACUCUAUCCCGGAAAUGGCCACACCCUUUAUGGCCAAGGUCUCCAAGACUGUCGACAUGAUGAUUGGGAACCAUCUCAACGCCCAUGUGAUGGGAGGAUACGAGUUUCUCAUGCAAAAUUAUGCCGCUGGUGAUAAGAUCUGCAUCUUCGGCUUUUCAAGAGGCGCUUAUACGGCGCGCGCGCUUGCUGGAAUGAUUCACAAAGUUGGGCUUUUACCUACCUGCAACCAUCAGCAGGUUCCUUUUGCGUACAAUAUGUACAGUCGCGAUGAUCCUGAAGGCUGGGCACAAAGUAAUGCCUUCAAGAAGGCUUUCUCCAUUAAUGUGGAUAUAGAAUUUGUUGGUGUUUGGGAUACCGUUAGUUCGGUAGGAAUCAUUCCUAAACGAUUGCCCUUCACGCGGGCGAACAACAAUAUCAAGUAUUUCCGUCACGCAAUUUCUCUUGAUGAACAUCGGGUGCGCUUCAAACCUAAUCUUUACACACGCCCAACCGAGGAGGACAAGAAGUGUGGCGUCAAACAUCAUGAAAUGCCUCGCAGCAUCCGGCGGCGUUUCCAGAAACGGCAGGAAAGCGAAAUUAAAGGCAGCCCAGACAGUGAUGACACCAAGGGAUCACAUCACCAUCACCACGCUGAGCAACAGGACCUGCUGGAACGCCAGUAUUCAACUGACGAGCUUAUCGUUGAGACGAACGUCGAAGAGGUUUGGUUUGCUGGAUGUCAUUGCGACGUCGGCGGAGGUUCUGUCAAGAAUGGUACCCGCAAUAGUCUAGCCCGCAUACCACUUCGGUGGAUGAUUCGACAGUUGUUCAAGCUUAACAUCGGUAUCCUCUUCCAUCGGAGCAUGUUCCCAAAAAUUGGCAUGGAUCCUGGGACGCUCUACCCUUUCGCUAAGCGGCCUCCUGCAAUCUUUCAACUUCCGACGGUCCUGUCUCCUCCUGGCACGCCGAAUUCGACGAUAAAGGCCCUUACGCUUCCACCGCCGAAAGUCGUCACCGAUGACCCUGCGAUGAUCGUCUAUAGCGACGGUGGCAAAUUCGUGAGCGAGGAACUCGAGGACUUGGCUGAUGCUACCAGCCCAAUGUACGACCAGCUCCGCCUCGCACGUGUAUGGUGGGUUCUGGAAGUCAUUCCACAACUGCUUCACUACCAGAAAGACGAUGAUGAUUCUUUGGUUGACGAGUACACGGUCAACAUGGGGCAUGGUCGGCACGUUCAGCUCCAACACAAGGGCGUCAAAGUCCACAGGUCUGUCAAGAUUCGCAUGGAGGCGGAUAAUCUCGAAGGUGGAAAAUACUGGCCCAAGGCGAAACUAAAGGUGGAGCCUGAAUGGGUUGAUUGAGCUGUUCCGAUGUGAUUCAUGACCCCUAUGAGCUUGGCUUUCUUGUAUCCAUGCCGCGAUCUGACUUGAUGAUAUCAUACCGUGCACCUGUACGUAGUACCUGUUAUAUUGUAGUGAAUGACCCAUUCUUUUAGUGCUAUGCGUUUCAACUUGAUAAUACACACG